AAAAUUUACACUGUUUUUAUAGGAAGAUAAUUAAUACUUACGUCUCAAUCAAGAAACUUAGUUAAUGAUCUUUAUAAAUUUCUUAAUCGAAAUGUAGCUGCACUACACAAAAUUCAUAAAGUACAACAAUUGAAGCUGCUGUCAUUUAUUUUAAUACAAUGGAAUGUGUCAUAUUACACACACAUUAAGUGGAUAUCAAUUGAAGUGGAUUUUAUCAAGUUGUUUAUGCAAAAAAAAGGAAAAUUUUAAUCUCAAAGUUUUUCAAUUCAUGGGAAUUUCCAUUGUAGUGUUACAAUUUGUACAUGCCAUUUUGAUUGUCAUCUUACAGUAAUAAAUUUUGAAAAUUAAGAUGACUGAGAAUUUUGACCCUACAGAACAUCAACAUAUUCGCUAUAAUCCCUUAAGAGGUGAAUGGGUUUUAGUGUCACCGCAUAGAAUGAAACGUCCUUGGGGAGGACAAAUGGAACCAUUUAGCGAUGAAGAAAUUCCAGAAUACGAUCCUAAUAAUCCUUUAUGUCCAGGAAAUGUUCGAGCAAAUGGUCAGAUAACACCUAAUUAUGAAAAAACAUUUUGUUUUGAUAAUGAUUUUUCUGCUCUACUCGAGAAUGUACCAAGUCCACCAAAUUCAGAUGAUGAAUUAUUUUUAAUGGGCUCUGCAAAAGGAAAAUGCAAGGUGAUGUGCUUUCAUCCCAAAUCGAAUGUCACAAUAGCACGUAUGAAUAUAGAUGAAAUUGGUGAAGUCAUCAAACAAUGGAUCAAAGAAAUGUUAGAAUUAGGUGAAAAAUGGACAUGGGUACAAAUAUUUGAAAAUAGAGGUGCUUUAAUGGGAUGCAGUAAUGCCCAUCCACAUUGUCAAAUUUGGUCUAGUUCUUUUUUACCAAAUGAAGCUAAAAUUAAGGACAAAUAUCUUCGCGAUUAUUAUCAGCGAAAAGAAACUCCAUUACUUAUCGACUAUGUUAAAAAGGAAUUAAACAAAAAGGAACGAAUUGUAAUUGAAAAUUCCGAUUGGCUUGUAGUUGUGCCAUUUUGGGCAGUUUGGCCCUACGAGACAAUGGUCCUACCAAAAAAACAAAUUCAAAGAAUGCAAGAUUUAAAUGCAAAUCAACAAAUAUCACUUGCAAUUGUUAUGAAAACACUUUGUUCGAAAUACGAUAAACUUUUUAAUUGUUCCUUUCCAUAUUCCAUGGGAUGGCACGGUGCUCCUACUGGAAAAUAUCUAAAGGAGAAUUGUAGUCAUUGGACAUUUCACGGUAUUUAUCUUCCACCUUUGCUUCGUUCAGCAACAAUAAAAAAACAUAUGGUUGGCUAUGAACUUUUAGCUCAAGUUCAACGUGAUUUAACACCAGAGCAAGCGGCUGAAAAAUUACGAAAUAUAGAAAUUUAAUUACAAGAAAAGAAAAAAACAAUUUAAAUCAAUGAAUUUUAUUUCACACAUUUGUUGUACAAUUUUUUUUUUUUUUUUUUUUUUUGGUCAGAAACUGGAUAUAAUAUAUAGCUUAAAAUACUGUUUCAUCAAAUCAAAUCCAAACUAUGUGUCGACUUAUAAUAAUAAUAAUAAUAAUUAUUAUAAUUUCAGUCUAUUUAGACUUUAAAUUUAUUUUUCUAUAUUUUACAAAUGAGAAAAAAAAAUUCUAUAAACUUAUCUUCAUGAUAUAAACUGAUCAGAUCAUUAAUUGUGCAUUUUGCAUCUGAAAAGAACUAUAUAAAAAUAAUAAAAUAAAAAUCAGAUCUUUCAAUAUUAUUGUACAUUAUAAUUAAAACAAUUCUUAUACUUUUUUUUUGUGCUUUUUUGAUUUGAAAAAAGUAUUGAGAAAUCAAUAAAAUAAUAUAAUAAAUGCAAUAAAUCUUUGAUUCUGUUGAUAAUCAAAAAAAAAAAUUUUUUUUUGACUUAAAAAAAAGUAAAGCACCAUCUUGUUAAUUAAAAAAAAAAA